CUCAGGCAGGCCGGCCGGCCACGCCCCCUCGCGGUUGCUUGGAGAAGCCUGCGGCCUGGCCCGGCCUGCUCGCCCUGUUGCCGCUGCCUCCGCCUCCGCCUCCGAGAUGCCGCACGGCUUUAAAGCCGGGGACCUCGUCUUCGCCAAGAUGAAGGGUUAUCCGCACUGGCCGGCUCGGAUUGACGACAUCGUCGACGGCGCAGUGAAGCCCCCGCCCAACAAGUACCCCAUCUUCUUCUUCGGCACCCAUGAGACGGCAUUUCUGGGACCCAAGGACCUGUUCCCUUACGAGAAGUACAAGGACAAAUACGGGAAGCCCAACAAGCGGAAAGGCUUCAACGAAGGCUUGUGGGAAAUCCAGAACAACCCUCAUGCCAGCUACAGCGCACCUCCUCCGGUGAGCUCCUCAGAUAGCGAAGUUGCCGAUAUAGACCCCAUUGGGGGAGGAGGAGGAGGUGGUGGAGGAAGUGAUGUAGCGGAGGAGGAAGAAUCCGCCCCCACAGCAGCAGUUGGCGCGGUGGGAGUGGCCACCGAGAAGAUGGAGAGCGACGAGGAGUCCGACAAAGGAAGCGACCACAGCGGUCUGAAGCGGAAAUCAUUAGCCAUGAAAAUGCCAGCAGCCAAACGGCCCCGGAAAUCCUCAAGUGACCUCGACCAGGCCAGCCCAUCUCUAUCGGAGGAGGAGAACUCGGAAAGUUCUUCUGAGUCGGAGAAGUACAGUGAUCAGGAUUUCACUCCAGAGAAGAAACUUCCACCGAGAGCUUCUCGGAGAGCACCUGCAGGUGGAUGGAAAAAAAAGAAAGUGGAAUCGGGAUCUGAUUCGGAGUCCAAGGCGGAAUCUGAGGAGGAUGAGGAUGACGACGAAGAGAAGGUCAGGACCCCUGCAGUGAAAUCGGAUUCCGACUCUGACUCCGAUGAGUCCGUCAAGAAGCCUUCCCGGGGCCGGAAGCCGGCAACGGAAAAGCCACCCCCCAAGCCUCGUGGGAGGAAACCGAAACCAGAGAGACUUCCGAGCAGCUCCAGCAGUGACAGUGACAGCGACAGUGAUGUGGACCGUAUCAGUGAGUGGAAGCGGCGUGAUGAGGAGCGCCGGCGGGAGCUGGAGGAGAAGCGGAAGCGUGAGCAGGAGGAGGAGAUGCGCCGGCUGCGGGAGCAAGAGCGGGAGGAGAAAGAGCGGAAGAAGGAGAAAGCCGAGAAGGGCGAGGUCGAGCGCUCGGACAGUGACGACAGCGUGGACAACGAGGUCCCCAAGAAGAGCAAGAAGGGGCGGCCCAAAGCCCCCUCCUCCUCGGACUCAGAAGUGGAGAAAGAGGUGAAAAAGCCACCAAAGAAGCAGCCGUCUUCAGAGCUCUCGAAGAAGCAGGGUCUCAAGGAGAAGAGGGGCCAAGGUGACGAGAAGCCACGGAACAAAGCGUUGAAAGUGGACCGAGGGCGGAAAAAGUCGGAUCUGCUCCCUGAAAGGAGGGUGGAGAAGAAAAAAGAGCCGACAGUCGAGGAGAAACUGCAGAAACUCCACAGCGAGAUCAAGUUUGCUCUGAAGGUCGACAACCCGGACAUCAAGAGGUGCCUGAGCGCGCUGGAAGAGCUGGGGAGCCUCCAAGUCACUUCUCAGAUCCUCCAGAAACACACCGACGUGGUGGCCACGCUGAAAAAGAUUCGUCGUUACAAAGCGAACAAGGAUGUGAUGGAGAAGGCGGCCGAGGUGUACUCAUGCCUGAAGUCCCGCGUCCUGGGGCCAAAGGUUGGCACGAACCAGAAGGUCAACAAAACUGACACGGAGAAGGACAAGGGAGAAGGGGACAAAGGCAAAGAGAAGCUGCCAGAAGGAGAGACACUGAAUGAGAGAGGCGAAGAGGAGACCAGUGCCGAUCUGCCAGCUCCUGUAAACGGAGAGUCGGCAGCCCAGAAGGGGGAAGGCGUGAUGGAGAACAAGAACAGAGAUGAGGACUGGACUUCUGGAGAUGCCAAGGGAGGGGCAUCCCCUGAAGACACCCACAAUGAAGCGCAAGACUAUCCUGAGGCAGAAAUGCCAGGGGCAGAGCGGGAGAGGGUCCGUGUGGAGUCGGAGUCGGCCGAUGAAGAUGACGAGAGCUGAGGCCCCCUCGGAGGAAGCCCCACUUGCUUGGAUUGUCGUGACACUGCAGCGCCUGAGGACUCGGCCUCUGCCUUGCCCUGUGUUUUCAGAAAUGCUUCUCAAGCCACACAGUAGAUGACAUUCUAGGUCAUGUCCCCUCCCUGUCCUUCCCUCCCUCCCUCUCACCCACUGAUGAUCUCCCCCCCGCGCCCCCCGGCCAUCCUCCAUCACUCUCUAGAGAAUUAUGAACUUCUGGUGCAGUCCCCACACCUCUCUACGUUUGUAUUGGUCCCACAUUCUUGGUCCCCCCCACCCUCUUCCACCAAUGCGUUCCGUUCUCUUCUCCUCUCCCCCCCCGCCCCGCCUCUGCUCUUGUGAUUUCAACAAACAUGAAAUAUAUAAAGGGUUGUUUUUUAAUGAAAAAGGAAAUGCUA